GUCGAAUAACAUGACACUCAAACUGCCGGAGUCAUGGCGGCACGCCACGGAGUUUUCUUUUUGUUGCUUGUGAUAGUCAUACAGACAGUUGAGAGCAAAAGGAAAGUAAUUUGCGAAAACUCCAAAACAACAUUGUCAUGUCAAUCAAACCAAGUUAUCAAGAUUAAGCAGGCAACGUAUGGUAGAUCUGAUAAAAGAACAUGCAAACACCCAAACAUUAACACAACUCGCUGUUCUACGAAUAAACCGCUGGGCAUCUCAAGGAAGAAUUGUAAUGGGCGAAAAUCAUGCACUGUUUCUGCAAAUAACGGGCUGUAUGGUGAUCCUUGUCCCGGGACAUACAAAUAUGUCACUGUUUCCUAUUCCUGUAAAGGCAUUAAGCCCAAGAAGCCUAAGAAACACAAGAAACCUAAGAAGCCCAAGAAGCCCAAGAAGCCCAAGAAACCCAAGUGCAGGACAAAAUGUCAUAAAAAAGCCAUGUGUAUAAAUGGAAAAUGCGUAUGUAAACCAAGAUACCAAGGCGAUGGAGUUAGAUAUUGUAAAAACAAGAAAAACAAGACACCAAAAUGUUUGAGAAAAUGUCAUAGACAAGCCAAGUGUAUAAGAGGAAAAUGCGUCUGUAACUCCGGAUACAAAGGUGAUGGAAUAAGAUCUUGCACAAACAUCAAAGUCCAAACUCCCAAGUGCAGGAGAAAAUGUCAUAAGAAAGCCAGAUGUAUAAAGGGAAAAUGCGUGUGUAUAGGCAAAUACCAAGGUGACGGAAUUCGAUCUUGUAAAAAAGCCAAACUAUCAGCAUAUAUUGGUUGCUAUCAAGAUGAUAGCAAGAGAAUAUUAUCCAAAAAAGUACUAAAAGACAAAAGAAUGACAGUUCAAAAAUGCCAACAGUUUUGUGGUCAAAAAGGAUUUAAGUACGCAGGUGUUGAGUAUGGAUUCGAAUGCUUUUGUGGAAAUGUUUUGCGAAAAGAUAGAAAACGAAAGGAAAGUGAUUGCAAAACGCCAUGCGCAGGAAAUAAACGACAGAUAUGUGGAGGUACAUGGAGGAUCUCUAUUUAUACAGUAGCCAAAACAUCUAAGUGCAUGCAAAAAUGUCAUACGAAAGCGAAGUGUAGAAAAAGAAAAUGUGUUUGUAAAGCGAAAUACCAAGGCGACGGAGUUAAAUCCUGUAAAAAAGUAAAACUUCAGACUUCCAAGUGCAGGAAUAAAUGUCAUAAGAAAGCCAGAUGUAUAAAAGGAAAAUGCGUCUGUAAAGGCAAAUACCAAGGUGACGGAGUUCGAUCUUGUCAAAAAGCCAAACCUUCAAGAAAAUGGAAAUGCUAUCAUUAUACACUGGCUAACAAAUUGGCAAUUAAACUAUUAGGACAAAAAUCGAUAUGUGAAAAACAUGGACGGAAGUUCACGAAAGGCAAAAAUAAAAGGUACCCAGGCUGUGGGACUUGCUGGUGCUGUCAGAAAGCAAAAGGCAAGCCACCAAAGUGCCUGCAAAAAUGUCACAAGAAAGCGAAGUGUAGAAAAGGAAAAUGCGUUUGUAAAAGGAAAUACCAAGGCGACGGAGUUAAAUCCUGUAAAAAAAUGAAACCUUCAAGAAAAUGGAAAUGCUAUCAUUAUACACUGGCAAACAAAUUGGCAAUUAAACUAUAUGGAGAAAAAUCGAUAUGUGAAAGACAUGGACGGAAGUUCACAAAAGGCAAAAAUAAAAGAUAUCCAGGCUGUAGGACUUGCUGGUGCUGUCAGAAAGCAAAAGGCAAACCAUCAAAGUGCAGGAAUAAAUGUCAUACAAAAGCUAAGUGUAGAAAAGGAAAAUGUGUCUGUAAAUCAAAAUACCAAGGUGAUGGAGUUAAAUCUUGUAAAGAAGCCAAGAAAUCAGCAUAUUUUGGUUGUUAUCAGGAUCACAGCAAAAGAAUACUACCCAAAGAUGUACUGACAGACAAAAGAAUGACAGUUCAAAAAUGUCGACAGUUUUGUGGUAAAAAAAGGUUCAAGUACGCAGGUGUUGAGAAUGGGAACGAAUGCUUUUGUGGUGAUGUUUUACGAAAGAACAAAAAAAGAAAAGAAAGUGAUUGCAAAACGCCAUGCUCAGGAAAUAAACAGCAGAUAUGUGGUGGUCCAUGGAGGAUUUCUAUUUAUACAGCCCAGACAUCCAAGUGCAAGAACAAAUGUCAUAAGAAAGCGAAGUGUAGAAAAGGAAAAUGCGUUUGUAAAGGCAAAUACCAAGGCGACGGAGUUAAAUCUUGUAAGAAAGUCAAACCUUCAAGAAAAUGGAAAUGCUAUCAUUAUACACUGGCAAACAAAUUGGCAAUUAAACUAUAUGGAGAAAAAUCGAUAUGUGAAAGACAUGGACGGAAGUUCACAAAGGGCAGAAAUAAAAGCUAUCCAGGCUGUAGGACUUGCUGGUGCUGUCAGAAAGCAAAAGUUCAGACUUCCAAGUGCAGGAGUAAAUGUCAUAAGAAAGCCAGAUGUAUAAAAGGAAAAUGCGUCUGUAAAGGCAAAUACCAAGGUGACGGAGUUCGAUCUUGUAAAAAAGCCAAACCUUCAAGAAAAUGGAAAUGCUAUCAUUAUACACUGGCAAAUAAAUUGGCAAUUAAACUAUAUGGAGAAAAAUCGAUAUGUGAAAGACAUGGACGGAAGUUCACAAAAGGCAGAAAUAAAAGCUAUCCAGGCUGUAGGACUUGCUGGUGCUGUCAGAAAGCAAAAGUUCAGACUUCCAAGUGCAGGAGUAAAUGUCAUAAGAAAGCCAGAUGUAUAAAAGGAAAAUGCGUCUGUAAAGGCAAAUACCAAGGUGACGGAGUUCGAUCUUGUAAAAAAGCCAAACCUUCAAGAAAAUGGAAAUGCUAUCAUUAUACACUGGCAAACAAAUUGGCAAUUAAACUAUAUGGAGAAAAAUCGAUAUGUGAAAGACAUGGACGGAAGUUCACAAAAGGCAAAAAUAAAAGCUAUCCAGGCUGUAGGACUUGCUGGUGCUGUCAGAAAGCAAAAGGCAAACCACCAAAGUGCAGGAAUAAAUGUCAUAAAAAAGCUAAUUGUAGAAAAGGAAAAUGUGUCUGUAAAUCAAAAUACCAAGGUGACGGAGUUAAAUCUUGUAAAAAAGCCAAGAAAUCAGCAUAUUUUGGUUGUUAUCAGGAUCACAGCAAAAGAAUACUACCCAAAGAUGUACUGACAUACAAAAGAAUGACAGUUCAAAAAUGUCGACAGUUUUGUGGUAAAAAAGGAUUCAAGUACGCAGGUGUUGAGAAUGGGAACGAAUGCUUUUGUGGUGAUGUUUUACGAAAGAACAAAAAAAGAAAAGAAAGUGAUUGCAAAACGCCAUGCUCAGGAAAUAAACAGCAGAUAUGUGGUGGUCCAUGGAGGAUCUCUAUUUAUACAGUUCAGACUUCCAAGUGCAGGAGUAAAUGUCAUAAGAACGCCAGAUGUAUAAAAGGAAAAUGCGUCUGUAAAGGCAAAUACCAAGGUGACGGAGUUCGAUCUUGUAAAAAAGCCACACCUUCAAGAAAAUGGAAAUGCUAUCAUUAUACACUGGCAAACAAAUUGUCAAUUAAACUAUAUGGAGAAAAAUCGAUAUGUGAAAGACAUGGACGGAAGUUCACAAAAGGCAGAAAUAAAAGCUAUCCAGGCUGUAGGACUUGCUGGUGCUGUCAGAAAGCAAAAGGCAAACCACCAAAGUGCAGGAAUAAAUGUCAUAAAAAAGCUAAUUGUAGAAAAGGAAAAUGUGUCUGUAAAUCAAAAUACCAAGGUGACGGAAUUAAAUCUUGUAAAAAAGCCAAGAAAUCAGCAUAUAUUGGUUGUUAUCAGGAUCACAGCAAAAGAAUACUACCCAAAGAUGUACUGACAGACAAAAGUAUGACAGUUCAAAAAUGUCGACAGUUUUGUGGUAAAAAAGGAUUCAAGUACGCAGGUGUUGAGAAUGGGAACGAAUGCUUUUGUGGUGAUGUUUUACGAAAGAACAAAAAAAGAAAAGAAAGUGAUUGCAAAACGCCAUGCUCAGGAAAUAAACAGCAGAUAUGUGGUGGUCCAUGGAGGAUCUCUAUUUAUACAGCCCAGACAUCCAAGUGCAAGAACAAAUGUCAUAAGAAAGCGAAGUGUAGAAAAGGAAAAUGCGUUUGUAAAGGCAAAUACCAAGGCGACGGAGUUAAAUCUUGUAAGAAAGUCAAACAAUGUCGAAAAACUGCAAAGGGUACAGAAUACAAAGGUCGAAUAAGUUUGACACAAACUGGACGUACCUGUCAGUAUUGGGAACGACAAUAUCCACAUAAACACCCAUUUAGCAUCAGCUUCAAAACAGAACAUAAUUAUUGUAGAAAUCCUGACAACAGUGGACAACCAUGGUGUUAUACAAAUGAUCCAACAAGACGUUGGGAAUAUUGCCAGAUACCAAUGUGUGCACCCGAAGAUCCAGAGGAUGUAAAUGAAUGUCGAAAAUCUGCAAAGGGUAAAGAAUACAAAGGUCGAAUAAGUUUGACACAAACUGGACGUACCUGUCAGUAUUGGAAACGACAAUAUCCACAUAAACACCCAUUUAGCAUCAGCUUCAAAACAGAACAUAAUUAUUGUAGAAAUCCUGACAACAGUGGACAACCAUGGUGUUAUACAAAUGAUCCAACAACACGUUGGGAAUAUUGCCAGAUACCUAUGUGUGCUGCUUGUUCUGUAAGAGAAGAGAUUGUAGAAUGCAAAGCGACUGUUAGAGUCUCUGGUUCAUGUUUUUAUAAAUCGAAAGUAGGAUCCAGCUGUGUUUACACGGUGCAGCUGUCAGAUUCACAGGCAAUCAUCAAGACCUCAACACAAGAAAUGGUACUUACAAAUGGAGGAAAUCUGGCUGAAUGUGCUAUUUUUACCUUUAAUGAUGGCACUCUAAAAAUAGAGGAUGACGUCUGCAAAUGCUUUGAAGCCAUAGUGCAGAACAAAUAAGACUGCAUGACACAAUUUCACAUCAUUGUGGGGACUUAACAUAAUUAGAGGCAUUGUGCUUAAAUAACAGAGUGAACUUUCAAUUCUUUUGAGUUUAGCUUUGAAUAUAUUAUCAUCUAAUAAAAAUAAAUUACAGAUAUU